ACCCCCUUCAGUUAUAACUUGAACUCCAUCGGCGUUAGAACGCAAUCAUAUACAGUUUUUUAUUUAUUUAACUUAUUUUGUAUUAUAGAAAUUCAAAGAGCCACCAUGAGCAUAAAGGAAAAUUCAGAGGUGGUGGAGGAAAAACCAAAAAUCAAUCGAGCAGAAAUGUAUACUUUUGGUGAGUUGUAUCGGGCAUUUAGGAACAUAACCGUGCCCGGAUUUGUGUGGAAAAUGAUCCUCUGUAGCGAUCCAGUGCUGACUCUCAUCUACAUGUUCAUGGGACUCUACGUCCUUGACGUGCUGACCCGCUACACCCUGGUGCAGCUGGUGGGCGUGGUGAGUCUGACGCUCCUGGCCCACGGCAUCGCUUACACCGCCAUCCGUCCGCAUUUGCGAUUGCUGCCCUACGAGAAUGUGAUGGAUGUCCGUCGAGCAGAUUUGACCGUAUCGCCGGAAGUGGUCGCCCUGGUUGUCCGCUACUCGACCAACUGGAUCAAUCGCUGGGUGGCCACGGUGCAGUUCCUCCUCUUUGGGCCUUACCUCGUGGCCACUAUCCUGGUGAAGAUCGCCCUGCUGGAAGUGUACAAUGCCUUCCGCUGGCUGGAGCUAUCAACACUGAUCAAGUUCGCCUACUGCAUGGCGUUCGUUCUGCCAAGAAUCUGUCGCGUUUUCUGUCUUUGGCUUGACUCGCAGCCGCCCAACGGCCACGUCCACUGGCUGAUCAGAAAGGCGACCACGGGCAGACGCCUCUUCCUGGAGGCCCUAAAGGAGGCCAUCGAGGAGACCCUCGAGGAGGACCACGAUGAGGACAGCGAGGAAGACCUCACGGAAGACCUCGAGGAGGUUUUCGAAGAUACCUUCGAGGAGGCCUACGAGGAGGCCUUCGAGGAGGCAAUCAAUGGGGUGCAACUGGAGAUCCCAAAGAAAAAAAAGCAACAGCCCGUGGUGGGGUGGAUAUUCAUUGGCAGGAGACCAGCAAGUAUCGACGAGGCCUUCAUCGGAUACACCCAAAACACUGACUUGGCGAAGGAAAGCAUUGAGGAAGAAGCGGACUUUUUUUAAAAAAUGAUUUAAUUUUCAUUUCUUUUGGUUAACUGUUACUAUCCAAAACAAAGUAUUCACAUUAUGGGGUUAAGGGCUAACACUAAUGAUAUCCAAAGAACAUGACCAUGUUAAACAAAUUCUUUCCAAAUAACUAUAUACACUUACACUUUACACGAAA